AUGUCCAAUUCAUCAAAUGAUCGAGAAAGACAACACAACCAUUACGAUGUCCUUCAACUCCCGAGUUAUCCAAACCGUGCUCGAUUGUCCAAAGAAAAAAUCAAAGCGGCUUACCACCGUGCCUUGCUCAUCCACCAUCCAGACAAAUCUCCGAAUGAUUCCCUGAGGCCCUCACCCGGCUCCCAUAAGUCUUUAUACUCCAUCGAUGACAUUGUGACUGCUUACGAAGUGCUCAUUGAUCCCCAGAAGCGCGCUACAUAUGAUCAGGCACUCGCGCAGGAUGAAGCCUUUGGGUUGAAGAGAGCCGGUGGUGAGAAAGGUACACAUAUUGGAGUGGAAGUAUUUGACUUGGAAGAUCUGGAAUAUGAUGAGGUCAAGAACAGUUGGUCAAAGACCUGUCGUUGCGGUGACAAGCAGGGAUACCUCUUGACUGAAUCUGAUCUGGACAGGGAAAGCCAGCAUGGAGAAAUCUAUGUUGGUUGUGGAGGCUGUAGUCUGUUCAUCAAGGUCUUGUUUGAGUUGGAAGAGGAAUGA